GUGUUUCCCUAUGUAGGCUAUUCAGUACUUGUUAACAUAUAAAAAGGAAGAAGCACAUGGACGACCGGUGCCUCGAGCUGGCAGCGGACUUCGUCUCCGCUCGUUACAUCGAGGCCGGCCGCGAGUCUCUCCACGCCACUGCCCGCACGCUUCGCAUUCUUCUCGCCCAGCGCCGCUGCCCCGAUGUCGGUCUUUCUGACGCCGCCAUCGAACUCCUUCUCCGUCAGCUUGCCCUGAUGGACACAAAUAACUUUGCCGCCCACGUCGGCGGUGGCGAGCGCGAGGGACGGGUGAUUUCAUCCAUGGUGCGGCAGCGUCACUUCGGCCUUGCGCACGGCAUCGGCCGCUCCGGCGAUCUCGUGGCGGAGCAACCAAAAGCAGCCGGAUCAUCGCUGUUGUACCAGCUGACGAAUGUGCUAAUGUUGGACCUCAUUCGACUCUCCGGCGCCCCCGCGACGAAGGCGGCGGUGGUUGUCCCGAUGGCGACGGGUAUGACGCUAUCGUUGGUGCUGCGCUGCGUGGCCAAGGCGCGCAUCGACGAAGUCGCGCAGCAAACCUCGAGCGAACACCAUCAAAGUGCGGAAACAAACACAAGCACCUCGUGUGCCGCCGCUGAUGAGACUGCUGCUGCUGCCGACCCUCCGCGGGUGGUGCCGCAGUACGUGAUUUGGCCGCGUAUCGAUCAAAAAACGGCGUUGAAGUGCAUCGACGCAGCGGGACUGACGCCCGUUCCCGUGCAGCUGCGACCUGCACCACCAUCGCCACGCCAUCGUCGCACAGACGACGCCGCCCCAUCCGAGACGAGCGUCGCCGCAUGCGCUUCGUCGUGCUCCUCCACUCUCUUUUGGCAGUGUGCAGCGGAGGACAUUGCUGCCGCCGUCGACGCCGUUGGUGGCCCUGCCCACGUCGUGUGUGUCCUCUCCACGACGAGCUGCUUCGCCCCGCGCCUGCCGGACAGCACCGUCGCCAUCGCGCAGUACUGCAAGGCGCAGGGCAUCCCCUACGUCGUGAACAACGCGUACGGCGUGCAGAGCCGCCGCAUCAUGACCCGCCUCGAUGCCGCGCAACGACUGGGCCGGGUGGACUACUUUGUGCAGUCGGGGGAUAAGAAUUUCCUCGUGCCGGUCGGCGGUGCGGUGGUGUGCUCCGCCAGCGUGGAGCGGUGCCGUGCCGCGGCAGCCCUCUACGCCGGUCGCGCCAGUGCGAGUCCGAUCAUCGACCUUUGUAUCACGGCGCUGAGUUUGGGUCGGCAGGGGAUGCAGGCGCUUUGGACGGCGCGUUAUCAGUGCCGCCGCCGUCUUGUGGCGCAGCUGCGGGUUUUUGCACGCAAAAGAGGGGAGUUGGUGCUUGUCGACGACGACGACGAUGACGAUGACGAUGACGAUGACGGUGAAGACGAAGACACCAGCGCUGACGUGGAGGCGGGGGUGCCGAGCGAGAAGAACAAAAACGGUGAAGUUCGUGCCACCGCAGCCCCAACAACGGCAGCAACGCCAAAGCCCGAGAGGCGGCCUGGGAGCGCGGCACGCAACGACAUCAGCGUUGCCGUGACGAUGCGCUUCUUUGGCCGGUCAUCGGCCGCCAAAGCGGAGGGGUUGAAAGGUCAUGCAGGUCAAGACAACGCCCCACCACCGCCCAACUGGGCAGCGGCGCGUGCCUUCGGGGCACAGCUGUUCCGCAGCGCCGUGACGGGGCCGCGUGUCGUUCUGCCUGCGCCGUCGACGGCGACGACGAUCGCUGGCUGUGUCUUUCACAACUAUGGCAUGCACCAGGAAGGCGUGCCGGCCGCCCCGAUGUUGGUGCUGGCGUGUGCCAUCGGCAUGACCAUCGCCGAGGUGGAUGCGCUGAUGAGCCGCCUGCGUGAGCUGUGGCCGGUGUAG